GGGUGGGGAAUGUAGUGCCCGGCCUGCAGGGGUCGCGCGGGAUGGCUGCCGGGGUCCGAGCGUCUCCCGGGCAGCCACGCACGCGCCGGCCCAGCGCACCCGUGCGUGCGGUGAGCCAGGUGCGCGAGUGCGAGCACGACCUGCCAGCCCCGGCCCGCAGGCCCGCCCGGCGCCCGCUCGCCGCCGGGAGCCCGUCGGGUCCGAGACGCCCGCGGUGCCUCUCCUGGCCGACCGGAGCGCGCGGGGCGCCGGCGCUGCCGGUUAAAGUGUAGCGGGGCUGGGCCGGGCCGCCGGCGCCGGCUCCUCCGACUCCGCCGCCGACUGUGCCGCCACUCCGACCGACCUGCCCACGGCAAUCAAAAAUAGCAUGUGGGCUGGCCCUGCCCCCACCAGCCUGAAUCCUUCACAUCUUGAGUGUGAGGGGGCUGGCUCCUUUGAUGAUCUUCUUGGAUUUCAGCAGUUUGAUAUACCUUAGGGCAAGUGAAUCAUCACAUUUCCCUCGGUGGAAGUAAGAGAACUUGGGCUGGAAGCAUGUGGUGCGUCCUGCGAGGCUGGCGGGGAGGAUGCCUGGGCCCAUGGGGAGCCCUGGGGGUCCAGGGCCCCCGGGGCCUCCGCGCUCUGGCCAGCAAGCGCCCACGGAGCCGGGGCGAAUACAGCCACGUGGUGGUGGGUGCGGGCUCCGCCGGCUGCGUGCUGGCCGGCCGGCUCACGGAGGACCCUGACCAGCGCGUGCUGCUGCUGGAGGCCGGGCCCAAGGACGUGUACGCGGGGAGCAAGCGGCUCCGGUGGAAGAUCCACAUGCCCGCGGCCCUCGUGGCCAACCUGUGCGACGACACGUACAACUGGUGCUACCACACCGAGCCGCAGGCGGGCCUGGAUGGCCGCGUGCUGUACUGGCCGCGGGGCCGCGUCUGGGGCGGCUCAUCGUCGCUCAACGCCAUGGUCUACGUGCGCGGGCACGCCGAGGACUACGAGCGCUGGCAGCGCCAGGGCGCCACGGGCUGGGGCUACGCGCAUUGCCUGCCCUACUUCCGCAGGGCGCAGGCGCACGAGCUGGGCGCCGGCAGGUACCGCGGCGGCGACGGGCCCCUGCGCGUGUCCCGGGGCAAGAGCGGCCAUCCGCUGCACUGCGCGUUCCUGGAGGCGGCACAGCAGGCCGGCUACCCCCUCACCGAGGACAUGAACGGCUUCCAGCAAGAGGGCUUCGGCUGGAUGGACAUGACCAUCCACGAAGGCAAGCGAUGGAGCACGGCCUGCGCGUACCUGCACCCAGCACUGAGCCGCCCCAACCUCACAGCCGAGACCCAGACAUUUGUGAGCAGGGUUCUGUUUGAAGGCACCCGUGCAGUGGGUGUGGAGUACAUCAAGAACGGCCAGAGCCACAGGGCUUAUGCCAGCAAGGAGGUGAUUCUGAGUGGAGGUGCCAUCAACUCUCCGCAGCUACUCAUGCUGUCGGGUGUGGGCAAUGCCAACGACCUCAGGAAACUGGGCAUCCCGGUGGUGUGCCACCUUCCUGGAGUUGGCCAGAACCUCCAAGACCACCUGGAGAUAUAUAUCCAGCAGGCAUGCACCCGCCCCAUCACCCUCCACUCUGCACAGAAGCCCCUGAGGAAGGCCUGGAUCGGCCUGGAGUGGCUCUGGAAGUUCACAGGGUAUGGAGCCACGGCCCAUCUGGAAACGGGGGGGUUCAUCCGGAGCCAGCCUGGGGUCCCCCAUCCGGACAUCCAGUUCCACUUCCUGCCGUCCCAGGUGAUCGACCAUGGGCGGGUCCCCCCGCAGCAGGAGGCUUACCAGGUGCAUGUGGGGACCAUGCGGGGCACGAGCGUGGGCUGGCUCAAACUGAGAAGUGCCAACCCCCAUGACCACCCUGUGAUCCAGCCCAACUACCUGUCAACAGAAACCGACAUUAAAGACUUCCGUCUCUGUGUGAGGCUGACCCGAGAGAUCUUUGCACAGAAAGCCCUGGCACCAUUCCGGGGAAAGGAGCUCCAGCCGGGAAGCCAUGUCCAGUCGGAUGCAGAAGUAGACGCCUUCGUCCGGGCGAAGGCGGACAGUGCCUACCACCCCUCGUGCACCUGCAAGAUGGGCCAGCCUUCCGACCCCACGGCAGUGGUGGACCCCCAGACCAGGGUGCUCGGGGUGGAAAACCUCAGGGUGGUCGACGCCUCCAUCAUGCCCAGCGUGGUCAGCGGCAACCUGAAUGCCCCCACCAUCAUGAUCGCAGAGAAGGCAGCCGACAUCAUCCAGGGGCGGCCGGCGCUCUGGGACGAGGAUGUCCCGGUCUAUAAGCCCAGGACCCUGGCCACCCAGCGCUGAGGUCGGCCCUGCCCGCGAAGGCUCAGCAUAGCUCUUGCUCCACAUGGACUUCCCUGAACCUGUCUAGAAUGUUACAGUCCAGUGGCCGAGACUUGGAUAAUCUCCUAAGAAAUGAGACCAGUACUGGUCAGUGAACUGGCUUCUUUCUUACCAGCAUGUCCUCACAGGCCUUCUGGGACCCCUUCUCCCUGCCUCCUGGCAGGACAGCAAAGGGGAAGGGAGGCUGGAGGAGAAUGGGCAACUCCUGCCAGGUCCUUGUCUUGUGCCCCGCAGUGCUCUCCAGCCCAGGGUCCUGCCGCCUUCCAGGGUCUGGGUGGGGCUUGGGGACAGUGGGUCCUUCCCAGGCUCUGUCUGGAGGCAAGUUGGUCCAGGAGCAGGGAGCUUGCACAGAGCCCGGGGCAUCCUCCCCGUCUGGCCGAAAGCUGCACCGGGGGCCUGGAGUGAGGGAGCGUGGAGCUCAGCUGGGAUGUGUGACAAGCCUCCGGCAUGCCUGGGCAGAGGGAAAGCUGCCUGCUGGAAGAAACAGGCUUCUUCUUUCUCUGCUGCUUCCUGACUUCACCCCCAGAGGGAGACAGGAACUGCUGUUCAGCUGGGUCCCUCCAAGGGGCUUGUAGCCCACCUCUACAAUGCUCUGGUUCUUACUAACACCAUCAGCCUGAGGCCAGAAUUCUGGACCUUGCUUCAGGACUCAGGAGUCUGCAGGGCCUCUUUACUACCUUGGGUUUUAGGAUUUAGCAUUUUUAAAGAUCUUCCUGUUGCCAGGAAACCUAGAAACCCAGAGCAGACCUGUACCCCAGCCUGCUCUGCACAAAGCCUGGGGAGACGGGGACUGAGCAGCGGCCACGGCUGGCUAAUUCUCAUUCUCCAGAUGUCCCCAGCAACAGACCAGGCGGGAGCCAGGCUGACGGAUAAAGCAGUCAAAUAGAGCUAUGAUCCUCAUCCGGGGGGGGGG